CUGGAGGAUUUGGUGAUCUCCUGCUACUAGACACGGAAGCCUGUUAAGCGAAAGCUUCUUUUAUUCCGUCUAUAACUAUUUGAAUCAUUUGAAGCAUUUGAGCAGAGUCUGAAGGUUGAGCAUAACGUGGCGGUUAUACAAAAAUGGGUUCCGAGGGCCUUCUUGGACUUGGUUUAAAUGAAGAAGAUGAGAAGCUGCUAAAACAGUUAUUGGAGUGUGAUUGUGGAAUGAAAACAAUACUAGCCUUUGUUAGUUCAAGAUUGUUUAGACCACUGACUUCUUGGGAAAUCAAGAUACUUCGCAAUCAAGUUUUCCCUGGUUCCAAGAAACUUUCGGACGUACUGGAUGAAAUACGUAAAGAUUCUAUUGUGUUCGUGGAGCAGUGUGACAGUGAGAUUACUCAAGUCUCUUUGUCACACUAUGAGCAGAUCGAGCUAUAUAAGAGGUUCCCAGAAGUUCUUAGUUUCAGUGUCACCUACAACGCUUGUCUCGUUGGAUUUACUAUUUUCCAGGUAGCUGUAACAGAUGGUCUUCUAUGUACAAGACCCAUCAUGUUUUCAUUACAUUCCACAGAACAAACAGAAGAUCUGUGCGUUUUGCUAAAGCAUUUCCGUGAAAUUUUCAAGGAUGUUAGUUCAACCCUAACAGUAGCUGUAGAUUGCCCAGUUUCCAAACCGGAGUUGGUGCAGGAAUUCUUUCCUACUUCAAGAAUUGUUUUGAGUUCGUCAUACGUUAGAAAAGUCUUUAAGAGAAAGUUUAAAAAUCCCGUUGCAAAUAAAAUUUUUGCUGGAUUGACAUCUACGUUAUGUCCAAACAAAUUUAAAUCUGAUCUACAAAAUAUGAAGAAAUUAGAUCCGAAAGUUUAUGAUUACGUCACUCAACAUUGGGUACCUAUAAAAGAAAUGUGGGUGCCUGCGUUCUUACAAAAUGUUGUUACAUUAGGUACGAAAGUCAAUGGUGUAGUAAAAUGCGUUCAUCCGCAUAUACGAGAAGCACUUAAAGAAAAUGACUCUCUGAAAGAUUGCUUGAUGGCUUUACAUAAGGAAGUUAAAAAAUACUGUAACCUCUUAGAAAAUGAGACAUCUUUUCGCCUUCUCAGACAUAAAAGGUUCAAUGUAGACGAAGAGUUACAUGAAUUUCUCAAUCAACUCACAGAUUAUGCUUCUGAUAAAACCUACAACGACAUCGUACGCGAAAGUGACAUCACCAUUGAACAAGUUGAGGACGAUUGCGUAUUAUGUUCAGAUGAUGGGAAUUCUUACAGAGUGGAUAGAAAUAAUGGCGUGUGUUCUUGUUCAUUAAAUUCAGUUGAGUUGCUACCAUGCAGACAUCUCAUGAAAGUCCACUUUUCUAUCGGUUUGCAUACAGGUACACCUUGUAGAUACCCGCGGUGGCUUAGAUAUCAUAAUCUUCAACCACUAUCAACUGCUCUGACGAGGGAUAAGCGAACUAACGUCAAUAGUGCUAUGGCAAUGGUUAUUAGAAAAUUAAAGAUGUUACAAGACCAGUGUUCACCGACUGUCGUUUUCGAAACUGUCAAUCGAAUAAAUGCCAUCCUCGAAAAAUCGACCACGGAAAAUUUAUGUAUAUCUCCCACCUUAUCAGACUCCUUUUAAAUUAAAUACUAUCUACUUGUAACAUUAAGACGGCGCUUGAGUCAUUUGACCGAUAUUCAUUUCUCGUUCAUCUAAAAAUAUCUUUUUUUUGCUGUAUAAAUGAUAACUGCAUUUAAACUCACUAGUUUGCAAUUGACUAUGUAUUUGUUAAAUAUUUGAUCCACAAAAUGUACAGUACUGGAGAUAAAAAUUUUGUUCAACUGAUACAUCACAUUGGGUAACGAUCUACUCAAGACGAGUUUUUCUACCAUAUGAAGGAAAAAGAACUAAUUCGAACAGUCUGACAACCAGAAUUACGGUGCAAUAUUCAAAAUGUUUCUGCGGAAUAUUUUUCAUCACGUAUCAGACUUAUGUUGUGGACAAACUUAAAUUAACACGGACUCCCCCACUUGUUACUUUUGAUAGAUCUUUCUAUUUGAAAUUUGCAAUAGCAGUUUUCUGGAGAAUACUUUUAAAUCGGUCUUAAACUUGAAAUUUUAUGCAUUUACUGUACUAUUUUUUUAUUAUAAACAAGUUGAUUUUACAUUAUUUCUCAACCACUACUAUUCAUCCUAUUCUAGUAUUAAAAAACACUAAUUUUUACAAAUUUUCGUAAUAAACUUUCAAACCAUAAAUAAUGCGUGAGAACAGAUUGAGUUACUUUUAGAUCUGUGGUUGACAGUCUACUUCCCAAGAAUCUUAGUAGAUUCAUUUAAAUAGGUACGUUUUCAUUUUCAAGCUGUACUUAACAGAUAUUUAGUUUGGAAUAAGCACGCAUGUUUAAAAUGUUUUAUCGUUUCAGAUUGUUAUUACAGUUAAGCUUGGUAUUAACUUCCAGUAAUGUUUAGUAGGUCUAAUUAUUAAAUAAAUGAUUUAGUUUGGAUGUUACAUACAUUCAACAAUAGCACUCUAAGCCCAUUUCUGCAAAAUGCGAUCAUUCGUACUAUAAUUACCAAACAUUUCACUACACUUCACAUUUUGCGUAAAUACAGCGUCUCUGCAUAGAUAUGUUCGAAGCACCCUACAGGUGUAAAUGCCUUCCUGUAUGUAAACUUCUGUUGAUUGAUUCACGUGAAUAAAUACCCUCAGCGUAACUGCUUUUCAUCGAUAUGAUUCCGGUAACUCAACUCCAUUUGUUUUUUCUUAAUUAUGUCUACAUUUUACUAAUUGGAAGUCUAUUUACAUGUAUUUGAGCAAUCUGUCGAGCUUCUUACUAGGACUCAUUACAUGCUAGUAACUUUUUUGAACCCAGUCAACUAAUCGCCUAUUUUCCUAACACAACACUAUUUCACAUUAAAAAAAUAAUAUGUAAGCUAAAUUACCACACACCUUUGCAUAUUUUCUUUAAAGCCUAGUGGUUUAGAUGUGUUUGUUAGUAAUAUAAUACAGAAAUAAGACAAAUAUACACACUUUAUAAGUUUCAUUUACAAUAGUCAUUUGCACUGUUAGUACUUAUAGAAAUUUU